GGAGAGAGGCUCGGAACGGCGUGCUCAGCAAAACACCGCCCGGGCCGCUCCGGUGCGAGGAAUUCUGCUGUGUGACGGUGUCCGUGAGCUGCCGCCGCUGGGCUACAGCACGGCUCCGGGUGUUGUUUUAACUGUCAGCACCGGGAAAGUAGCGAAAAUUCAGUUUUAUGUGUGUUGCAGGGUGAUUCAGGAUGGUGGACCAGCCUCUGUGGGAGCAGAUAGGAUCCAGCUUCGUGCAGCACUACUACCAGAUGUUUGACUCUGACAGAUCACAACUCGGAUCCAUAUAUAUCGAUGCAUCAUGCCUUACGUGGGAAGGACAGCAGUUCCAGGGAAAAAGAGCAAUCGUCGAGAAACUCACUAGUCUCCCCUUCACAAAAAUAGCGCAUAGUAUAACAGCGCAGGACCACCAGCCGACUCCAGACAGCUGCAUCUUGAGUAUGGUUGUAGGACAGCUAAAAGCAGAUGAAGACCCCAUCAUGGGUUUCCAUCAGAGUUUCAUCCUGAAGAACAUUAACGAUGCAUGGGUGUGCACCAAUGACAUGUUCAGGCUGGCCAUUCACAACUUUGGUUAAGCCUCCUCUGCGCUGUGGCGGGCGGGGGCGGCCAUAGUGAAGGGCACUGUGCGAUGAAGUACGGAGGGAGGGGAGGGAGGAUGGGGAGAGGAGAGAGAGCGAGAGAAGAGAGCACUCGUCCCUCCCUCCUGCCUGUUUGACAAACACCGGAUUCUAGAUGUCAAUCACUGAACCUCAUCCAGGUGGGUUUCAGACCAGCCCAGCCAGUAGAACUGCGACGUGUUUCUUUGCUGAGAGCCGGCCGACCAAUCAGACGCCCCUGUCUGCCUACUCUGCUGAUCUGCAUGACGCUGGGAGCCCCUCAUUUCAAUAUCUACACUCAAGCCACCAGAAGGACAAAUAGCUGACCGACGCCAUUAACUCUGCUCUGCUCUCCACUCGUCUCUGCUCCGAUCUAACCCGUUCUGCUCUUCUGUCGACUCCACUGCUGUCAACUCAGUCCUGUUAGCACUGCUGUUGACUGGUUCGUAGAUCCAUGUUCAGGUUCACAGUCGGCCUCUUUGGCGCUGACUCAUUGUGUUUGUAUUUUGUUUUUAGAGACCACACGUGUGUUUACUUUAGCCUGCCUUAGUGUGUUACAACCCAGUUUUAUCUUCCUUUACACACUUGUUAACUCUCGCCAUGGUUCGUUUUCUCUCAUGCCAGGUUUUGCUCUUGCAAACCAAAGAAUCUUUUUGCUCUGAUCCUGCAUAUCCUCUCUCUGUCUGUCUCUCUUUCACACACAUGUCUGGCAGUUAACAUGGACUACAGCCACGAUACACAAUAAAACCUGGACUUUUUUCUUAA